AUCUUGAAAAACCUCAGAGGAGGAGCAACACCAGGGGAGGAGCUUUAAAUCGACUCACUAAAGGGAAACCUGCUCAGAUCGUCGGCAGACCAGACAAACCUCAGCAGCUCAGUCACAGUGGAGUGAAGAUGGAGAAAGAAGACGUCUUGAACACUUUGGAAGAAUUGGGUCAGGAAGGGUUUAAAAAAUUCAAGUGGUUCCUGCAGCAACGUGAGACUCUUCCUGAUCUCCCAGCAAUCAAGAAAAUUCACCUGGACAGAGCAGAUACUCUUGAAGUUGUGGACUUGAUGGUGCAGACCUACACACUUGAUCGAUGCAGGGAGGUGACCUGCAAGAUUUUAGAGAAAAUGAAAAGAAAUGAUCUGCGGAACAGAUUGAUAGAAGGUUUGAUAAGUGAGAAAGAGGCUGAAGUUCAGGAGAUGAUCCAGGAGAGACGACUGAAGAUCCAGGAGAUCAGAGAGUCGGUGAAGGUCAGUAGAGAUGCUGCAGACAGAGAGAAAGCAGAAGGUGUUCAGGUCUUCUCGGCUCUGAUGGAGUCUGCUGAGAGAGGCCUGAAGGAGCUCCUCAAGGAGAUCCAAGACAAACUGGAAGCUACAGAGAAACAGGCUGAAGACUUCAUCAGAGAUCUGGAGCAGGAGAUCUCUGAGCUGAAGAAGAGGAGCUCUGAGGUGAAGCAGCUCUCACAGGAUGAAGAUCCCCUCCACCUCCUCCAAAGCUUCUCCUCCCUGAAAGMUGCUCCACCCACCAAGACCUGGACAGAGGUCAGAGUUCAUCCACCAUACUAUGAGGGGACUGUGGUGAAAGCUGUGGCUCAUCUGGAGGAGAAAAUCAAUGAGAAGAUAAAGGAGCUGAUGGAGGCUGAGCUGAAGAGAAUCCAGCAGUUUGCAGUGGAUGUGACUCUGGAUCCUGAUUCGGGUCUGGUCUCCUUCUAUGAUGUAGAUGCUGCAGCUCUGAUCUACUCCUUUACUGGCUGCUGCUUCAAGGAGAAACUCUACCCAUACUUCAGUCCUAGUCUUAACAAUGGAGGCUGA